AUGGGGGACUUGAUCAUGCAACCACAGUCGUCCAUAGGGUUGAUGGAUACAAUUGAAGGGGACAAACUGCACCAUAUUAUUGAGGAUAUGCGGCAUCAGUAUGGUGUCAAUAUUAGUUAUGACAAAGCAUGGCAUGCAAGAGAAAUUGCUUUUGCUCUUGCAAGGGGAAUGCAACAAGGAAUCAUGAAUGGUACUCAUCUAAAAGGUAAGUAUAAGGGAACAAUGAUAGUUGGUAUUCCAAUGGACGGUAAUAACCAACUGUACCCACUAGCAUAUGUAAUUGUUGAUAGUGAGAAUGAUCGAGCCUUGAAAUGGUUCAUGACGACCCUUAAAACAACAAUUGGAGAAUGCCCUAACCUCGUAUUCGUCUCAAACUAUGGACAAAGUAUAGCUAAUAUCAUUGAUAUUGUAUUCCCCAGAUCUUACCAUGGACUUUGUACCUUCCAUUUGAAAAGGAACGUGGAGAAAUACUUCAAAGACGAGUCCGUUAGAAAAUUGUUUCACGAUGCUUGUAGAGCAUAUCGAGAAUUAGAGUUCAAGCGUCAUUGGGUCCAAAUAGUGAACUACAACAACGGUUCCCUCGCUAGAUAUUUAGAGGAUGCUGAUAUUCAGCGGUGGGCACGAUGUUACCAGUCCGGGAACCGAUAUGAUAACAUGACCAGCAAUAGUGUCGAAUGCUUCAAUGCUAUUACCAAAGAAGCAAGAGUGUCGCCAAUAACUUUGUUGCUAGAAUACAUAAGAGGUCUACUUCAAGGUUGGUUUCAUGAAUGGCAAACAAUGUGGUCUAAUUGUACAUCGAAGUGUAGAGGAAAUAAUGGGUUUACAGUGUGA